GACAAAAGAGCGUUUACUUCGUUAGUGAAUAAAAGUAUCAAAAAUAGCAAUAUCUCUAUCGCUUCAUUUUCAAAAUCGUCAUGCAUUCCGGCACAAACAUGUAUUAUGUGGGUAACAUUCCCAAAACAGCUUCGGAUAAGGAAGUGCUAGGGGCAUUGGCCAACUACGGGGAUGUAGCUAGCUUUGAGUUCCGGCUGGAGCAGUGCAACUAUUGUCCUAGUAAAGUGGCCUACGUUGGUUUAAAAAAAGAACUAACUGAAGAGCAGGUUGUGGAAUUGAAUCGUAUAAAACUUCUCGACAAGCGCUUGCUUGUGGCAAGUGCAAAUGAAGAACCGGUGUUCUCUCCGCAGAUGUCAGUCGUGAUACGGUAUCUCAAUGAGCACAUAACGGAGGAGGAUGUUUACAAUUUCUGCAGAGGUUUUAGUCCUGACGCAAUUGUACAAAAACCAGCCAAUUCCUACGCGUACGUACAGUUUAAGAAACGUGAACAUGUUAACUAUAUGAGCACAAUGACACGACCGAUGGAAGGUGUCGACUUGUAUGUCGUUCCGGUGAAACGGAAAAUAGGUAUGUUCCUCGAGAAACUGAAACCUGUACCGUAUGAAAAUAUCAAGCAAAAAUGCGACAAACUGGGACUCUUCUAUAGCCCGGCAGCAGAGAAUGAAACAACGUUGCUAAUAGCGAAUAUUCCGCGCGACACUGAAGAAGAUGAGUUAUUGGAGUUUUUGGGAAAAUUCGGAAAAAUCGUGGAUUGGGAACUGCAGAAAUCAGCCAGCUGCGUCCUCACGAACAUCGGAUUUGUAACGUAUCAAUAUGCAAAAACUGCCCGCAUCGUGUAUUUGUGCAGCCCGCUCUGCUUUCAAGGCGUUGGUUUGGAUGUUUACAAUCAUAAGCUGCAGUACAGCUCGGACAAAACGACGUCAACCUUCAUCCUUAAACAUACAAGUGUUUAUCUUACAACCGAUGAAAUAUUCGAAGUUUUUUCCAACUGUGGUGUGGUGGAAUUCAUACAACGCUUGGACACGGUAAACUACCACACAAUUGUUCGAAUGGACUCUAAACAGUCUGUCGAUAAAGCGUUGAAAGUUCGCUUUAUCGAGGGAGAAAGCAUCUUCACCUGUUGGUAUACCGCCAACCAGUAUAAUACACCGUUGGAUAUACCUAUCGAAGAGGAUAACGAAAAGCCCAGAAAACGAAUGCAGAAGGAGUUGUUACUGUCGAAAAUUAUCGAAACCGAAGAUCAACGAAAUGCAUACGUGUUGCUAACGGAGCCAAAUCCGAACUACACCAACCCAAACCCAAUUUUCUACCGGUGUGAGGUGCAAGUUUGGAACUAUCCACCAAACACGGUAUUGGCACAGUUUCGGGAGCGCUUCAGGAGCUACGGUACCGUAAUCAACACGCGAGAAGUUAAAGAAUUCGCCGACUCGCCAAUCAGUGUCGUAUAUGUGAGCUUCGAAACCAAGUUGGAAGCCAAGCGCGUCUGCAAGCUAAACCAAUCAUUUAUGGGCUUGCAACGGUUGCUCAUUUUGCGGGCGGAUGAAAAUAUCAUUCACUAUCCUGAAGUUUGCGUGAAAGUAAGUAAUCUGACAGACGAAAUUACUUGCGAGGAUAUUCACGAUCGAUUCAGCAUGGUCGACAAAGUGAAGUACGUCUUCCGGCCCAAGAUUGAUGAAGCGAUCGUAUGUUUCGUUGACGGUAGCAAACAUGAAAAAGCGCUUAAGGUUCUGUGCAUAGGUCGUUUCGUGGUUUCGGUGGGUCCUCUGGUUCCUCAAAUGCCUAACAUCGGAGGUGUAAUUUCGAUGUACCCAUUACCUACCAAUCAUACCGUGCCAGAUGCGAAUUUUGCGUGGAACUCCAGUAUGGCUGGUAUGGGGUCCGUUCCAACAGCAACGCCAAACAUGACAAGCGAAUCUGGAAACGGACUUGGCCAGAGCGUUCCAUUGCCUGUUCCGGCACCCGCAGUUCUAGCUGGCCCGGUUCCGAUUCUGCAUCCGAUGGGAGUACCAGUAGCGCCCAUUAUUCCGAUGGGUGGUCUCUCUUGUGGACCGAUGUACGUUGACCGACCGUUAAACAUGAGUGGUACUCCUAUAACACCUUUAAUGCGACGUUUAAUGCAGCAUGUUGAAGCUGCACUAACUAGAUUUGGAAACUUUACCUCUUGGCCAAUGAUGGCCCAGUUCAAUUUGGUGCAUGGUAUCAUGCGCCAGUGCCUACAGAAUCCAUCGUUUCUGUCGCUAGAUCAAGAUGGAAAGAUUCGUUACCUAAUAGGAGGUCAAAACGGGUUUAAUUAUGUAAAUCUAUGGACGCUCUGUACAUACCCGGAACAAUUGGUAAUGUUGAGAGUAAUUCACCGAUAUUACACUGUAGUGAACCCGGGCGUUAUACAAACAUCGAAUAACCCAUCGGAAAUGCAAAAUCAAAUACAAAUUGAAACGAAUGCUGAUUCAGCAGAGACUCAAAAUCUACAAGAGAUUACAACGGAUGCACCACUAGCAACUAGCACUAAUUCUGGGACUAAUGAACCAAAUCUGACGGAGGUUGGAAAAAAGUCAUCAACUAUCGUAAUAGAGGAUUCUGACGACGACAUACCUCCGGCGCCGUCUCCUCCGCCCAUUUCGUUCCGUUCGCGGUCGCCUUCCCCUGAUCCUAAACAAAAAUCGCGGAAAGGAUCUAACCGCAACUGUGAAGACUUGCGACGUCUGGUAAUCCACAUUUCCAAUAUACCGAACGCUCUGGACGAUCGGAAUCUAAAGGACGUUUUCAACAAGUACGGCGUGAUAAAAUCAAUAACGACGCCUAAACAGCGUCCCUCGUCGGUGGUAGCGAACACCAGGACCGUUUUGAUAACAUUUGCAACAAUACACCAAGCUACACGAGCAUUGGAAGCAAAUCUAACCAUGCUAAUGGGGCACUUGAUAAAAGUAAGCAGACACAAAGAGCCACUUUCACCGCGUCCUGGAUAUGCUAUUUCAGUAACUUGCCCAGAUCAAACAAUCUUUUCGGAAGUAGCCAUCUUCGACACCUUCAAAAGCUGCGGUGAUGUGCGGUUCAUUUGGACGCGCAAGGAAAAUGGCAAGCAAACUUGUCUGAUCGACUACAACAAGACUGAAUCGGUGGCAACGGCGCUUAAAAUCACAUACCUGCAUAGCGGCGGUCGGUGUCGGGCCGUUGCAAUUCAGGGUUAAUAAGUUUGACGAUAGGAAACUAGCCGCCAGUAGUAGUUUCAAUAAAAAAUGUAUAAAUCCGUAACAUAAUUUAAUUACUUGCCCUGAGAAAGAACGUCCUGGACAUCCUGACAGGAUGUCGUCAUCGGUUUAUUUUUAAGACAAAAAAAACAUUGCUAGAUAGUACUCUGAUGGUAGGUAAUAACCUGAUGGUAACCUACACCUGAAACUGAAUAGUGAGUUUCUGAAACAUAGAAAAUCGUCUGAAAACUUAACGAACAGCUCAACCCUAACCAGUGGACAAAGAGGACUAAAACAAGAAAAGUGAGUUCUACAGACGAGUUUGAUUGAAUCAUGGUUCAAAUCAAGGAAAGAAUUUAUUACUUUAAGGUAAACUUAAGCACAAAAAGUGGAAAUAGCAAAAGAACGUUAAUAGCCGCUGCAAGG